AUGAAUUACUCAAAUCUACUUAAAAAUCUUUCAAAGAUAGCUCGUCCAUUUAUUAAUAAUAAAUUCGUAGCUCCAUCCUCACAUAUUAGUAAAACAUUAAUUAAUCCGGCCACGGAAGAGUCCCUUAUUCAGGUCGUAGAAGGAAUGCCAAAUGACGUUGAUUUGGCCGUUCAAGCUGCGACCGAUGCUUUGCAUUCAUGGAGUUCAUCGAAUGGUUCCGAUAGAAGAAAUCUUUUAUUAAAAAUAGCUGACGGCAUUGAUCAAAAUUUGGAAAAUCUUGCUUUAACCGAAUCUUUGAACGUUGGUAAACCUAUAAAAGAUGCUAAACUUGAUGUAUCCGAAUCCGCUGAAUGCUUUAGAUUCUUUGCAGGAUACGCAGAUAAAUUAGCCGGACAUAAUUUUUGCGUAAACGAUAAAUAUAAGACAUACACGAUUAGGGAGCCAGUUGGAGUAUGUGGAUUGAUAACAAGUUUUAAUUAUCCCUUGUCAUUAGCAUCGUGGAAAUUAGCACCUAGCUUAGCUUGUGGUAAUACGGUUAUACUUAAACCGGCACCACAAACACCAUUGACUGCCUUGUUGUUGGCAGAAAUCAUUUCCUCUAAAACGGAAUUACCACCAGGUGUACUUAAUGUGAUACCAGGUGAUGAAAAGGUAGGAAAAUGUAUCACAGAACAUGAAGGAAUUGAUAAAUGUAGUUUCACAGGAUCCGAACAAGUUGGUAGAAAGAUCCUUUCUGCUGCCUCCUCAAGUAAUUUAAAAAGGAUUACGCUUGAGUUGGGAGGUAAAAAUGCGAUGAUCGUUUUUUCCGAUGUAGAUGUAGAUAAAGUGGUAGAUGAUGUUUAUUGGGCUUCAUUUUUAAAUUCGGGACAAAAUUGUUGUGCUGGGUCAAGAUUAUUCUUAGAAAAAAGUAUUCACAAAGUAUUCAUAGAUAAAUUACGAAAGAGGAUUGAACAAACUAAAAUAGGUAAUCCAUUAAAUGAAACCGUUGAUUUUGGUCCUUUGAUUGAUAAUAUACAAUUUCAAAGAGUGCAAAAGGUUUUAAAAGACGCAAUAUCCGGAUUGAAAGAUGGAAAGUUAUUAAUCGGUGGAAAUAGGGUUGGGGAUGUCGGUUAUUUUAUUGAACCAACUGUAUUUUAUAAUAUUGAGGAUUCGGAACUUAUCUCUCAAGAAGAAAUAUUUGGUCCUAUAUUAACCAUAUUAAAACCUUUUGAUACCAUUGAAGAAGUUAUCCAUAGGGCAAAUAAUACUAAAUUUGGUCUAUCCGUUGGAAUUUGGACAAAUAAUUAUUUAAAGGCUGAAAAGGCUAUAAAAGAAAUUAAAGUUGGUACUGCUUGGGUAAAUUGCUAUAAUUUAUCUCCUAGUUAUCUACCUUUUGGUGGUAGAAAAUCUAGUGGUUUCGGCAAAGAUUUGGGAGAGGAGUCUAUUAAUGAAUUUAGUUUUAUAAAAUCUGUCACCUUUGCUUUAUAA